AUGACGACCCAGACCGAGCUCCCUGCGCCACAAUGGGACCAGUUCCCCCGGCUGGGAGAGUCCAAGGUGGUGGCAUCUGAGGCCGGUGCAACUGUGAACAACAAGAAGGACUCGCUGGCUGUCAGUGAUGAGUUCAAGUUCGACGUUGCUGAUCCUCUCUGCGCUCUUCCCACAAAUCAACCCACGCGCUAUGAUGCCGAAGUUGCCUCUUGCGUCGUCCACGGAAAGAUUCCAUCAUGCAUCGACGGAACCUUUUACCGUGUGAUUUGCGAUUACAUCUUUACCAAUCGCAAUAUGAAGGAUGUCUGGAUCAACGGAGACGGCGCCGUCAACGCGUGGAGAGUCUCCAACGGUGUCGUUGACUGGAAACAGAAGUUUGUCAGGACACCGCGCUUCAUCAUGGAACGAGCCGCUCGACAACCUCUGUGGGGGACCUACCGGAACCCGUAUGCGGGAGACUCUCGUGUAUUUGAUGAGAUCCAGUCCACUGCAAACACGCACGUGCAGUGGUGGCAGCAGAAGCUGCUGGUGCUGAAGGAAGACAGUCCGCCGUUUCUACUUGAUCCUGACACUCUGGACACUAUUGGCGCGUACGACUUUGAAGGGCAGUUGAAAUCCAAGACCUUCUGCGCCCAUCCAAAGACCGACGCCACGACGGGUGAGAUGAUGGGAUUUGGCAUGGAAGCCUCUGGCUUGGGAUCAAACGAGCUGGCGUAUUACCGCUUCGACAAAGAAGGGAAACUGCUUGAUGAAUGCUGGAUCAAGACCCCAGUCGUCUCCUGGACUCAUGACAUGGCUGCAACUGACAACUACGUCGUAUUUGGUAUGACGCCGCAUCAGUUUGACUUGGAUUACAUGAAGGAGGAGAAUGGGACUCACUUCCGCCGAAAUCCUUUCCUUCCCAACCACUUCGGUGUGCUCCCGCGCCGAAACCCAAAGCCCGAGGACGCAAGAUGGUUCACCUCUCUCAAGAACCACUACUGGGGUCAUGUCUGCAACCACUUUGACGGCGAGGACGGCUGCAUCUACAUCGACGCCUUCCUCCACGACAUUGACGCCCUGGGAGCCUUCCCCACCAAGCAUCCAGAGCUUGAGAAUACAACACCCAGGAGGCCACCUGUAGGCAAGUUUGUGAGAUUCAAGAUCGACCCCAAGGCCGAGUCGACAGAGUUGGAGCCACCGGCAAUCAUCAGCGACAUUGCGGGUGAAAUGGCCCGAUGUGAUGACCGCUACACCACAAAACCUUACAACCACGCCUUUGGCGGCGGCGUCCCUGGGCCAAUGGGAUUCGGGGCUAUUAUUCACAUCGACAUUGGCGCUGGGGUUACCAAUGUCUGGCAUGCGGGUGAAGACAUUACGGUAGGUGAGCCGUGCUUCGUUCCUCGUGCCCCUGACUCCCCCGAGGCAGACGGCUACCUGGUCGUGCCAUGCCGUAACCACAAGACAACAUUGGGUUCUCUAGUCAUCUUGGAUGCCCUGAAUAUCACAGCCGGUCCUGUCAGCGUCAUUGAUCUUCCACUGAGGCUUCGAGAGGGUGUCCACGGCAACUGGGUUCCUGCGACUGAGUUCGCUGCUAGGAAGCCCCUGGUGGACUAUUCUGGUAUCACUCCUGAGAUUCAGGAGAAGUUUGGGACAGGGGCGCCGAAGCAAUACGAUGACCUCAAUGCCCGGUCUGUGAAGAGGCGGCCAUGA